AUGUCUUGGGCACAGAAAUCCCUCACCCUCCCCAGUCGGUCGCGCGGCUCCUACCUCAUCACCGACCACAUCCUCAAAGAAGUACCCGAGAUCAAGAACUACAAGACUGGCCUACUGAACCUCUUCAUUCAACACACAUCGUGCGCGCUAUCUCUGAACGAGAACUGGGAUCAGGAUGUUCGCGCGGACAUGAGCACCGCGCUGGACCGCAUUGUGCCGGAAGACAAGAAGGGUCAGGGACUGUACCGCCAUGAUGCAGAAGGCAGCGAUGACAUGCCCGCGCAUGUCAAGUCUGCGUUGAUUGGCGCGAGCGUCACGAUCCCGAUCACAAAUGGAAAGCUGAACACGGGCACAUGGCAAGGCAUAUGGUACCUCGAAUUCAGAGAUUCGAAGCACACAAGGAAGGUGGUUGCCACGAUUCAGGGAGAGAAGAUGUGA